AUGCUGCCCCCGAGGGUGAUCGAGGUCCGAUCAGGCGAUCAGAGCUCGCACUCGCAGAAAUGGCGAGUCGCCCUCACGGAAGACGCGUUCGAUCGCUUCGUUGCUUGCGGUGGGGACACUUCUAGAAAGGUGUUUGGUGAAGGGUCUCUCUUCAACCUGCUACUGUUCGGGAAGUUCUUUGACCCUGCCGAUACGUUCCCGUUGUGGGAGUUUGAGGCGGAGACAUUGCUCUCUGGCCCUGGGAACACCUCCAAGACCGCCGUUGAUCGGUCUGAAACAGAGUCAGAGUAUGCUCUGAGAGCGGAGUUACCAGUUGGUGAAAGGAAAUGUGACAGGAAAUGUGACGUAGAAAUAUGUGGUGUGAAGGAGAAGGUGGUGGAGAUCAGUGGCUUGUGGGGUGGGUGA